AAACAUUGCGUUGAUGAUGCAGAAUAUGCAAUUCCAAGUAUUAAAUGCAGAUCUAGCCUGAAUUCCUCGAUCUCUGAUAUUUAUGGUUCCUCGCCAACAUCCGGCUUCAAUUCACAUAUCCUUUCUGCGUUUCCUUCCGGAUCGAUUGUUCCUUCCAAAGACCCCGCGCCUGUUUCAUCAUUUCCACAAUCAAUGCAUUCUGUAUGUCCUUCCUAUAAUCCACACAUACCUAGAUCUGUCGAUAAUCAGCGUCUUUCAGCAUUAAAGCUCCCGGUUGAAAGCCCUCCUAAUGAUCAUUUAAUGAGCGAAACGACUCAGCAAUCUAUCCUAUUGUUGGGUAAAUCAAAGGUUUUAACAGGGCUUGAUUCUACACCUGAGACGACCGCCAGAAAAUUAAUCGCAGUAGAUACGUCUACUGGCAAAUCAGUCGACGUUUUGCUAGCCUGUGAUAUUGGUAGUAAGCAAAAUGCCUCCAGAGUCGUUCGACAUAAAGGGCGAAUGCGUACUAAAUCGUCCGAUCUGAUGCACCAAAUGGUUCUUGGCGCCUUUGAACUGGGCGAAGAUGUACUUACUUUUUUGCCGCACAACGAUGUGCAGUACCAACCUGACAAGCUGGUGCCAGAGACUAAAGCAUCACGGGACUCAACUCUGAAUAGCAAGGUAGAAUUGGAUCAGACUGAGUUGCGGCCUAUUCAACUGGACGGCAGGUUUCAGGUGGAGAUAGAAUCCCUAUUUGAUCCGCAGCUGGCCUCUCAUAAGGGGCUUUUCAGAGUAGGUAUUUGGUUUACACAUUAA